UGACACAUUACAUUAUAUUUAAUGUACUAAUUUAUAUGGGUUUUAAUUAUCAGUUUUAUUACUAGUUUUUGUCCAAAAUGCCAAAACUAUCCGAGAAUUAUUUUCUUAGAAAAUACUAUUUAGAGACAAAUCAAGUUCCAACUCAAACAACGAUGAAAGAGAGAAUGUCGGCGCCAUUGGCACACGUUUACUUUAAAUCAAUGCCUCCUAAACUAAAGAUCCUCGCCGGCCUUGAACCGCCUAUGAAAGGCGGUGGAAGCGAUUGGUAUAUGCCACCAGAUGAUUUACUGAAAGGCAGAGCUGUUAUGAAACCGUUAAAAAAAAAGUUCCUUUCACAAUUAGGCUUUGAUGGCAUAGACUAUUUUGGGCAAAGGAUACUAGAAAAUCAUCAGAAGGAAAUGGAAGACGAAAAAGUAAGAUUUAUUUUAGAGAACGAUAAUAAUUGGAAAAUAAGUAUUGAGAAAAAUUGCAGACAGAAAUUUGAGGAGGCUUCAAAAGAACACGCUAGACAAAACACUACAAAAAUACAGAAUGCCUUCCAAGAGUUCACAACUUUGUACAUGACAUCCAUUACAAGAAUUGAACAAAUGAUAAUGGAAGCAUCAGCGAAACAAAUAAGAUGCGGACAAGAGGAAACUUUUAAUAAAAUGUCUUCUAAGUUGGAGACUCUCGUUAAGCAUCAAGCUACUAUGUUAUACGACGAAUACACAGAAAAGUUAAUGAAUAAGAAGGCAAAAUUAAAAGAAGACUUUAUUAACCAAGUUGAGUGUUCAAGAACAAUGAUGGGAGAUAAGCUUCAUGAUAUUAAUGUUGAAAAACAUCUUGCCAUUGAAAAAUUGAGGAUUGUCUUAGAGUGCCAGAAUUUAGCAUGCCAAGUAUAUGUGUCACUGAAGGAACGUGAGGAGUGUGAAAAAGAAAUCGCUAUGACCACGCACAAACAUAAGAAAAAAAUAAAAGAAUUAAAGGAGGAACUUCAAAUGCAAGAAUUCGAAAUACGGCUUGCAAAAGAGAAAGAAAAAAAGAGGCAGGAGUUUAUAAAAAUAUGGCAAAAAAAAGUAUGUCACGUUGUAAAGAAAUUUCAAGUUUUUGUUAAAUAUUGUUUGAGUACUUUACCGGAUCACGCAGAUUUCUUCAUAAAUAUGGAAAAGUUAAUGUUAUUGCAGUUGAGUGAGGUUUUGGAUAAUCCUAGUGCUGAAAGUAUAUUUGUAUCCGAAGAAGACCAACCAAAGACUCCAGUUGCCAAGCCUCAUCCAUUCUUCCUCUUUUGUGACAAAGGAUACAAACCAAAAAUAGAUGAAAAACUUUGUCCCAAACAUUGCACUUCAAGCGCCUCACAAUUUCCCGUAAUAGUAGUCAAUAAAAGAUGUAUUUACUCGGCUUGCAACAAUUUUGAAACUUUUACGGACACUUUGAAACAAUUGCUAGAUGACCAUGGCAGUGACAAGGAUUUUAUUGAUGACCACGAUUACACUUUUGACGUACCUAUUAAAGUGACAUCAUCUGAACAGCUUUUACAACUAAAACUAGAAAGCUCUUUAAUGCAGAUAUUGCAAGAAGAAAUUCCAAACCCAAAAAAUAUUGACAUUGGCUGCUGCGUUUGCAAAGUAAAAACGUGUUACUGUGAUAGCCCAGAUUCAAAAGAAUUUGUUCCAAAAAUUAAAGAAUCAAAAGAAAUUAAACCUGAAAAACCUGUUGAUUUAGGUAAUGUCAUUGAAUCGAGAACUACGAUAUUAGAUCACCAACGUGAACCUAAACUGGACAGCUAUUUAGAUUUCGUUCUACCGAAUUGUAAAUGUGCUAAAAAAGCUAAGAAACAUUUGCAAGAACACCUUCCAGCCUAUAUGCGGAAAAUGUCAAAUUACGACGCAAUAAAUUUGCCCAAUUAUGAAACCUGUUCUAUUGAAAAGCUCAGACACUUAGUCAAACAAGCCAGGGGCUGGAAACCGAGUCCAGAACCAAUAAAGAUAGAAUCGAAGACGAAGAACGCAAGCACUCAGUACUCUGACCAGCAGUUUGAACUAUUAUGUACUUGUUUCUCCGAAGAAGAGGUGCAAAAACUUUUUAAACAUUUAAUCAAAGGAUCUAAGUUAUAUGGCGAGAGCGCUGAGCCUAGACUUGAAGUGAUAACGGGUUCCCUAACAUCCAUGAGUAUUAAAAAAGACCCAAGUACAUUUGUGAAAGAAAGAGCCUAUUCGUUACGGCGCAUGAUUGAUGAAUCCCCAGAAUUGAAGGAAUUAUUUAUAAACGAAGAUUGUAAUUUCAAAUAAACUGAUUUUUGUAACAAAUGAUAAAAUAAAAGCCAGUUUGUAAAAUAUUUUUUUUUGUAUUCAUAUAAAAUU